UAUGGGCCGUAGGGCCGUAGUCUGCUGUAGUUGACUGUCGUCAACGUUGACUGUUGUCGCUCUUGUAAACAGAAAAAAAGUUUAUCGGUAUUAUCCUGGCGGCGUAGUAAAGGUCACUGACAUGGUAGUGCUCAUGGCAUAACAUCUCUUAUAAGAAUACAGCCAACAAUGACGUCUUUCUACCGUAACGUCUUCUGGUUCGCAAAGGGCAUGAAAGAGUACAGCAGAAGUGGGUUUCGGACGGCAUGCCGCUCUUUCAACCUCCCCGACCUGGAUGUUGACUGUUCUGGAAAGGUUUUCAUGGUGACCGGUGCCACAGGCACCCUGGGGAAGGUGGUGGCCAUUCAGCUGGCCCAGAAAGGGGGUACCGUACACCUGGUUUGCAAGAACAAGGACAAGGCAGAUGCCCUGAAGAAGACUAUUCUUGACAUAACUGAAAAUGAGGAAGCUGUGGUUGUACAUGUUUUGGACUUGUCAGAGCCUCAGCAAGUUUUCCACUUUGCCAAGUCUUUUGUAGAAAGCCAUGGCAUUCUGCAUGUUCUGAUCAACUGUGCCUCUACAAUCACUCACGACAGAGAAAUUGGAGAAAGUGGCCUGGAAAAAAUGUUUGCUACAAACACAUUAGGUGUCCACAUUUUGAUCAAAUCCCUCCUUCCUGUGCUCAACCAGUCCUGCGAACCACGAGUAGUCCUGGUGACCUGUGGGAGCCUGCUGAUGCAGCGGCUGGACCCGGUGGACCUGCAGUUUGAGUGCAUGUUCCCCUACGAUGGCUUGGCGGCCUUCAUGCAGACCAAACGCCAUCAGGCAGUCAUGGUGGAGCACUACGCCGAGGCAAACCCCGGCAUCCACUUCUCGGCCAUGCACCCGGGCUGGCUCGAGUCGCAAGGAGUGAAGGAGGCCGUUCCCAAGCUGUUGCGCAAGGUCCCGUUCCUUGCCGGACCGUGGAGGAAGCCCGACACAAUCCUCUGGCUGGCCAUCUCGCGUGCAGCUCUCAAACACUCCAGCGGCAUGUUCUUCCAAGACAGAAGGACAACGUGCCCCCACCUUCCGUUCGGCAAGACAAAGACGAGUCUGGAUGACGAGAAGUUCUUCAUGCAGAACCUGGAGGACUUUGUGAAGAAGCUUGAACUUUCGUAGUCUCCACAAAGGGAGGCUUUCAUUGCGUGUGCAUGGGACUACUACCUCACUACUACUCAUGUCCAGUUUAGGACUUGAAUCGGUGCCACAGGAGGCUCUUUUAGUAGUUUUUAAUUGGGUCACAAAUACAAGCUGGUCAAGUGUGCGUAGUUAGGUUUUUAUUCUUGGUGCCACGAGGUGUAAAGGUUGCAUGGUUUUGAUAUUUGCUUCUAUACUUUUGUUUUUAAACCGAAGUCUAGGUUGUAUGUGGAAACAUGUUGCAUUAUUGAGUGACUCGAAAUUGUGCCUUUUAAUUUUCAAGUUUGAAGUAAACAACUCAACAUGGGAGAUUUAAUUGCAAGCACUGCCAGGCUGGGCAGUCACAUUUGGCAUAAGCGGAUCUUCCAGGGUAUCCAUGUGUCUAGAAGUAGGGCUCC